UCUUCUUUAACGGCAACGUCGCAAGAUGGACGGCUACUCUUGAACUACCGAAACUUCUCUCACCGCAUACACGAUUACUACGAAUACUUGACCGCCGCCAAAAUGCCUCGACUCGUGCGGAAGGCGCCGAUGAGCGAGCGCAUCAAGACGUACCUCGACCCCUCGGACUGGGCGCUGUGGAUCUCGGAAGAGCUGAGCAGCAGUGACUGGGAGGACUUUGCAGCUUCAUAUGCGCUGUCCAUCAGUUUUUGCGCAAACAUAGUCUUCAUCGUCGCCCAGGCGAAUACAGGCGCAUCCAACAGCUUCGACAACGACGGCGUCUUCAGAGAAGCUUCAGGCCCUGGAUGGCUCAGCUGGCUCGCGAACCUGUUAGUGGUAUUUCUUUCUACUGCGAGCUUUGCAAAUGCGUGGCUGGUGUACAGCAAGAAGAGGUACUACAGGUUGUUCGAGCAGCCCAUCGAGACGACGCCUACCACACCGAGUGCGAAGCGCGUGAGGGUUGACUCGUCGCCAGCUGGAGCUUCGCCCUUUAGUUACAUUCGAAAUGUUGCCCAGCGCAAUUCAGCGGCUGCACGGGCUCACCCAGAUGCGACACGAGAUGUGUGGGAGGUUGCCGUCUGGGACCCUAAUCCGCUGUGUCUCGAGCUGUUCUGCCUCUUCAGCCCGCUCCACGUUGCACUCUACUACCUCAACUUGCCGGUUGCACCGCUUGAUCCGCGUCCCAGUGUCCGUGUCGUGGCGACAGUCUUCAUCGGCCUGGUCCUGUCACUCCAGCUGUGGAUGCUAAGGUCUUCGUUCACCCAGCAGAUCAAGGACAACAACAUCAUCAGCCGCCAAGUAUUGCACGAGUAUGACAGCAAGUACGUGCAUCCGUCUAUGCAGAGGCAGUCGCGCGAUGUUGCUAUCCAGACUAUCUCGAAGAAGCGCAACAGGGACUCCAGCGUCGGCGUCAAGGGCAGUCCGCACGACCUGGCCAGCGAGGUUCUCACGUACACACCACGCACCAUCAUCAACAAGAAGGUCUUCAACACCACGCCAAAUCGAAACUACCGCAGCCAUUACGAUCCAGACAACCUCUCACUAGGUCGAACACCUACCCGCAGCGCCACGCGCCCAGCGUUUACAUCUGCGCACUCUUCCUACACUUCGACCGCCUCGGACGCCCGCGACGAUGAUGCAGAGCUCUCGUCACCCAUCCGGCCCUCGCAGACACCAAACCCAUUCCGCCGCGCACCGUCCAUCACACGCACAAGCGGCGACGGCGGCAGUCUGGGUGUGUUCACGCACGCCAAUUCGCCCCUCCGCAAGUCCUCAGGUGCAAAUUACCUCCGCGAUACCGGCGAGAACAGCAGACCUCGCGAGCAGCCGAAGCUCAGCCUCAGUGACAGGUUCGGCGUUUCGAGCAGGAGCUCUACACCUAGAUUGGAGAAGAGCAGCAACCCUACGGGUGUUACUAGGGGAAGUGGAUUGGGUGCAAGUGGCACGAAUUCAGGUAGCCAGACACCGAGUCGCAGGGAGGGGAGUCCGUUGAAGAGGGUGAGCAGGCCAAAUGGAGAGGCGAAGGGGAGUGGGUAUGGGGGGCUGGGUGUCGGGAGGAGAGAGAGCGGGAGAUUCUAGGCAAUGACCAGGGAGCUGAUGUACAAUAUUGUGGUGAGAGUGAGCGUUUGAUAAGAACGAAUAGCGAUCAGCCCAGCACCGGAUAUACCCAGCAUAGCUGCAGCAGAAUAAAGCACAGCAAUUCAGCAGCGGGGGCACCUCGCAAUCCCGUGAAUUACAAAUGGAGGAUGUCAGCGGUGGUGGUCACAUCGUGCCUGCCUUGACAACCUCGACGGGAAGAACGCCCUGAUA